GUACUCUUCACAUCUUAACAUUCACAAGAGAUCAAGAGACAGAGAAAAACAGAGGACAUGGCUUGCAAAGUUCAGAAAAGGGUAUCACUGCGCAGAAAACUUCACAUUCUGCGAGUCCUUAUCAACUCCAAUCAUGCCAGUAGAACCUCCACUGCCAAGAGCACUCUUUUACAAAUAUACAAGCUGAAGUUUGCACUGGAAACUAUCAAAAGAGAGUAUGAAAACCUUCUAGCCACCAGAAGAGAGUGCACUAGCCGAUUGAACCAUGUCAAAGAGAACAAGGAUGUGAAAGUAGAGAAGAUAAGUGAUGGAACUUUUGUAGUGAGGAUCACAUGUGAGGAGAAAGGAAGUGACAAGCUGGUGGCUAUUUUAGAGGCUUUUGAAGAGAUGUCAAUGAAUGUUGAGCAAGCCAGAGUUUCAUGUGAAAAUGGUUUUUCUCUGGAAGCCAUUGCUGUGGCUGAGGAUAAAACUAUAGAAGUGAGAGAUGUUACUGAAGCUCUUCUAAAAGCUAUUGGAUAGGAAUAAGUGGUCAAACUCCCUCACAAGAGUUUGACAAUUGCAGUAAUUAGUGAUUCUUGAGAAACCAUAAAUUAAUUAUGGUAAAUUGUCAAAUUAGUUUAUUAAUUGUGAGCGAGUUUUAUUUUA